AUGAGCAAGUCUCUUAACGAGCAGCCACCUGCGUACCCCCAUUCGACGACGUCCACUUCGUUUGAACUUCAAGACAGGCCAGAGAAAAGCCAGCCACUUCAAACCGUUGUCCCACUCUCUGGCUUGACUUGCUCCCCUGCACCAGUCGAAUGCCCCGGUUGUAACUUCCACGGCAUGACAGUAACUAAACAGAAGAUCGGAAACACGACUCAUGCAUGGGCGGUUGGCACCUGGGCCUUUACAUGCAUUCUUUGCUGCGUACCAUACUGCAUAGCGGCGACCAAGGACAUUAUACACAUAUGUCGCAGCUGUGGAGCACAUCUCGCAACGUGGCAUCGAUCAGGACACACAGAAGUAUUGCUGUACAACUAG